AUGGCGACGCCGGAUGAAACUGCAAACAAAAUGGCGCAACUGAAGCGAAAACGGAAAACUAUUCGCGGUAAUAUUACUCGUUUUUCUGUUGAAAUAAGUAAAAUAAAAGAUGAUUCUUCAAUUGAAGAUGUGGAAUAUACUUGUAAUCGUUUAACUACUACCUUAAAUGAAAUGAAAAUAACGGAUAAUGAAAUACACAAUUUACUUUCUGAUGAAGAAUACGAAAACGAUAUUUUACAAUGUGAAAGCUAUAACGAUAAUGCUGAAUUUGCGAUUUUUAAAGCCAAAAAAAUAAUUCAAAAUAAAUUAGCGCCAACUACAAAUAACUUUACUGAUUUGGCUAUUAAUGACAAUAAUUUGGCGAUGAAUUUAAACCCUUGUAUUACAACGCCUGCUAUUCAAUCGUAUACUGUAAAACUGCCUAAAAUUAAACUAGAACCGUUUAACGGCGAUGUAGAACUUUGGCAAAGUUUUUGGGAACAAUUUCAGUCUUCCAUAGAUAAUAAUCCAAAUCUUUCGGUAAUUGAUAAACAUGUUUUUUUAAGAGGCUAUUUACAAGAUGAACCAAAACGAUUGAUAGAUGGCAUAAGCAUUAUUGCCGAUACAUAUGAAGCUACUAAAAAACUCCUUAUGGACAAAUAUGGCGAUAAAAACAGAAUCAUUCAAGCUCAUUUGGACUUUUUAGAAAAUUUGACGCCAAUACGAAAUCUAUCACCGACUUCACUAAACGAAGUUUUUAUUGAGUGUAAUAGAAGAUUACAAGCUCUACGUGCCUUGGGAGAGGAUGUUAAUUCUUAUGGCCGAAUUUUAACUCCUAAAAUUUUACGAGCAUUUCCGGAUGACAUUUGCCGUCGUUGGAUUAUUUUUGCAAAAAGGCAGAAAAUUUCGGAAGGUAACAUAACAAAAUUAAUACAAUUUCUCUCGGAAGAAGUAGAAGGUGCACUUACUACUUUGAAAAUUAGAGGUGAGCAGUCUGUUCAAUAUGAUUUUAAACCUUCCACUGCUAACUUAUAUGUUAAUUCCAAGAACACUACGCCAAUUAAAAAACGUUCUCCAUUUUGUGCUUUCUGUGAUACUAAUGGACACUGGCCGCAAGACUGUAACAUUGUAACUGAUAUAGAUAUUCGUAAACAAAAGUUAAAAAAUAGUAAUCGUUGUUUUUUAUGCACUAACCGUGGCCAUAACGUAAAUAAUUGCCCUCGGAAAGACAAAGCCCGUUGCUAUAAAUGCAAAAAAAGGCACCAUGUUUCCAUCUGUAAAACUGUAAGUGAGAAUCCAAAUUUAACUACCAUUCCAGUUACGUCUACUAAUAACGUUGAUAUUAUAACUCCCAAAUUUACUCAUCUGCAAACUGCUCGAGUAUAUGUAAUUGGCCCAACUGGUAAAACAAAAGUAACGCGGUGUCUCUUAGACGGUGGGAGUCAGUCUAGCUUCAUUCAUCCUAGUUUGAUUGACUUCCUGCAACUGGAAAUCACUAGCUCAGAAAAAUUGAACCUUCAAGCAUUCGAAUCUAUUUCAACAAACACUGAAACGAGACGGAGGGUCAAAUUUAUCUUGUCAAGCAUUUGGAGCAACUCAAAAAUAAAUAUACAAGCAUUUGAAAGUUCGAAUACUUAUGCCUUUCAUCCAUCUACUCCACAACCUGUCUCUUCUUUUGCUCAUAGUCAAAAGUUGAAACUUGCUGAUCCAUCAGACAGCUUAAACGACUUACCUAUAGAAAUUCUGAUAGGUACUGAUUUUUAUUGGACUAUAGUGCAUACUAAAUCUCCUAUUAAACUUUCUGUGACUCAUGUGUUAAUACCUACAGUAUUUGGAUGGAUUCUUACCGGCAACCGUUCGUUUACUACUAUAGCAUAUUCUUCUGUUUCUUCAGUUCACAAUAUUAGCUCAGAAACUUUGGUACGUGAUCUGGAUGAUCACGUGAGACAAUUUUGGGACUUGGAAACAAUUGGCAUUAAAACUAUGCAAGAUAAAGGGAUGGCUAUUCGUAAUUCUGAAAUUUUAAGUGAUUUUCACAAUUCAUUUUGCAAAGUUGAUGGUCGCCGUGUUGUAAAGUUGCCAUGGAAACCAGAGGUGAUUCUUUCAUCGAAUAAUUACGAAAUAGCACUCAAACGAUUUCAAAUACUCCGUAACAAAUCUUUACUCAUUCAGACUUAA